AUGGCCCCAGGAGUAGUAGAUACGGUGGUUGGCAAACCAAGUCCUCGAGAGCUCGAAGACUUGUGUGAUGAGAUCGAUGCGGUCAACGCCUAUCAAACUAAAGAUCGCGACAUUUACCAGCUUCCUCAAUUCGAUAAGGACAAGGAUAAAUCCCAAUUCAGACGAUACAAUGAAGCCCGUGCCCGAGUUAAGGAGUUCUACCUCGAGCAGCAUACGAAGCAAACUGUCGCGUUCAACCUCAAAGCCAGGAAUGAGUUUCGGUCAAAGGUUCGAGCCAGACUCACUGUUUGGGAAGCAAUAGAGAAGCUCAACAGCCUCGUUGACGACUCGGACCCAGACACAGAGCUCUCCCAGAUCCAGCACUUGCUCCAGUCUGCGGAAGCAAUUCGACGUGAUGGGAAACCACGAUGGAUGCAGCUCAUAGGCCUUAUCCAUGAUCUCGGAAAGCUACUUUACUUCUUCGGCGCUGAAGGCCAAUGGGAUGUGGUUGGAGAUACGUUUCCGGUGGGAUGUGCCUUUGAUGAUCGGAUCAUCUAUGGAUCUGAGUCGUUCGAGAAGAAUGAGGACUAUGGACAUGAGAUAUACGGCACCAAAUUCGGCAUAUACUACCCGGGUAUUGGGCUGGACAAUGUGAUGCUUUCGUGGGGUCAUGACGAGUAUCUUUAUCAUGUGGUGAAGGAUCAAUCCACCCUUCCAGGGGAGGCGCUGGCGAUGAUCCGCUAUCAUUCCUUUUAUCCGUGGCACGCGGCUGGUGCAUACACGGAGUUGAUGAACGAACAUGACAAGGAUAUGCUAGCAGCUGUUCGAGCGUUCAAUCCUUAUGAUUUGUACAGCAAGAGCGACGAUAUCCCAAAUGUCGAAGAACUCAAGCCUUAUUACCUCGAGCUUAUCGAUGAAUACUUCCCUCAGAAAGUUCUCGAUUGGUAA